GCUGGGGGAAGGGGACCAAGAAGGAGUGGCUGGGGGGGUGGACCGCGAGGUUUAUAGGCUGCCUGGACGCGCCUGCCACCGCAUCGCGAACCAAGGCGCCUGCACCAGGAGCGCGGAUCAACGCGCCUGUACGCAGAGCGCGACCCAACGCGCCUGCAGGCCUGGCGCGACCCAAAGCGCCAGCACCGACAGUGCAUCCAAUCCGAUAACGCCAGCGUCAGCAGCACUUUGCCUCGCUGUCGGAAGUUACAGGUUGCUAAAGGACAAGCUACACCAUCUGUAGCUUCUCAGCCAUCUCAGAUGAAUGUGACUUCUUUAGACUGGGAUCAUGGUUCACUGACUAAUAGUCUGCAAACUACGCCAUUUGAAAGGUCUGAAACUGAUGUAGUGGAGGCUCCCACAACAGAAGAUGAAGAUGAAAUCAAAUCUGUUUAUGUGAGAAACUUGUCUCCUACUGUUUCUGUUUCUGAAAUUGAAGAGGAAUUCAAGAAUUUUGGCCGGAUUCGGCUUGAUAGUGUAAGCAUAAGAAGUUGCAAGGAUGUCGGAGUUUGCUAUGCGAUUGUUGAAUUUGAAGAUAUGACUGGGGUUCGUAAUGCAGUCAAGGCAGGAUCUGUUGAGGUAGCAGGAAGACAAGUAUACAUUGAAGAGCGGAGACCAAACAGGAAGGGUAGAGGUAGGAGUAGCUAUCAAUCAGAGGUACAGAGAGGGCGUUUUGGUCCAAGGAGCUUUGGCAGGGUAAGUGGCCAAGAUGGAGAGUAUAACAAACCCAAAGGAAUCGGUUUCUAUGGACGCAAUAUCCGUCAAGAGAGGGGAUAUUCAGGGUAUCAAUGGCCAAGUAAUGGUCAGAACCUUGCCGAAUGAGCAUAGAGUUUUACCAAGAAAAUCAAAUUUUGAGGGCCAUAUAUUAUUUCUAAAUUUAAAUAGUCAGCUUCAAUAGAUGUUAAGAACCAACUAUUGAUGAAGUAAGAAAAAAGAACCCAAUAUUGAUAUUUUUUUGUCUUAAUUUAUGAUAUUCGGGGAAUAUGAUUAUUAUAUAUUGUUUUUUUAAUGUAAGGGGCUCUUUGUUUCAUUUAUUCAGGAAUUUUUAUCAUUAGUGUGCAUUGUAUUUGAAAUGUUUGGCAGUUGAUUAUCUCGCCACUGAAAUCUUGUUAUCUUCAUCAUCACUUCAGAGUUUGAUUACAUGAUAUUGUAAAAAAUAUAUAUUAAUUUCA